CAUUAGUACCGCAGCUUAUAGUUGAGUGCGGUUGGUUUCUGAUUGGCAAUCUGGUACCAUAUGCCGGCCCACCUGCAACGAGAGAAGAUUUGUAUCUGCUGGCUGGCUGGAUGAGGGCGAAGGGGAAAAAAGAGGGCUUCAAUACACGCACAUGGGUAUAUCUAUGCCGAAAGAUUGUUCUCUUUACAUAGUACAAAGAAAAAUUCAAUAAGACUACCCCCUCUUGAUGUCUGAUCCACUUGGGCCGUGGCUUCCACGGCCGAUUGCUCCAGCUCCUCGAGGCGGUCGAGACGAAACUCUGACUGCUUCCCCUUUCGGACAUCCCCCAUCGGGCCAGGGUCCAUCCGACGAGGCUUCUCUGUCCCUUCGAAAGCACAAAACAACAGCUUGUGAGACAUGUAAGCAGAAGAAACUUAAGUGUCGCGGUGGCCCUCCAUGCGACUACUGUGUCAUCAACGGCAUCGGUUGCCAAAUGAACGAGCUAAGCGACAUGCGCCGUAAAGGUGCCAUGGAGCGCAAGAUUGAGCAGCUCAAGGAUGCCGAACGCCUGUUGCUAGACUUGGUCGAAACCCUAAAGAAGGACGACCAAAAUGUACGCACCUGCCAGCUGAUCAAUUUGAUUCGCAGCAACGCGUCCCUCGAUGAAAUCCGCUUCUUCCUCGAACGGCAGUUCUCUCCGGAGGAGCUGGAGAAGAUGCCCGAAAUCGUCGAAACUCAGAACCACCUUGCGCGAAUACCGAAAGAAGAAUCUUACGCUCGUCCGCGUCGAUGCGUAAUGCCAAUCCAGCGUUUGACCGACGUUCCCAUAUACCGUGUCCCCGCGAAGCCUUGGACGACCGUGACCGACGACGACGACUUGGUGUCCCAUCUGAUCUCGAUCUGGCUCACCUGGAGCCAUCCCUGGUUCCGUUGGGUCAACCGGGACCUUUUCAUCCGGGACAUGCAAGCUGGUAAUUUGGACUGCGAGUUCUGUUCGCCGUUCCUGGUGAAUGCCAUUCUCUCAGAGACGAGUCUUUAUUCCGACUAUUGCGAGGUAUUCACGGUUCCGGGCGAGAUGAUAUCCAGAGGUGACCAUUUCCACGAGAAGACGUUGCGUUUGCUUGAAGAGGAGGAGGAACAAGCCAGCCUCCCGACAAUACAGGGUCUAAUCACCUUAUUUGUACGCAUUGCGACGACGGGAAAAGGCCGCAUUGGAUGGAUGUACCUGGAUAUGGCUAUUCGGGCAGCCAAAGAAUACGAUGUAUCACAUCCUUACCGACCGACAGACCAGGAAUCAGUACAGAUCGUGGAGGAUGCCAUCAUUGAGACGCUGUGGGGUGUUUUCAAUGUCUGCUGCACGGUCAACCUGUGCGCACUCAGGCACGUCGAGAUGGAACCUCCGCAACGCCCCCGAUCUUUGAUGAACCACGAGAAAGCGAGCGAAAGCUGGACACCAUACCCCAAGCAAAUGGACCCGAUACCAAGCCAUUUAUCCUGUUCCUUUCAUCGGUGGUGCGAUUUGUGUUGCAUAAUGAUCAGCAUUACCCGGACAUUUUUCGAUUCGGAGAAUAGACCUUCACCGUCACAGGUGUCGGCCAUUGGCAGGAAUAUCGAGCGCCAGCUCCAGGGCUGGUAUGGCAAUCUGCCGGAUUGUCUAUGUGUACGGGAGACAACAGUACCGCAUAUACUCUCUCUACACUUGUUUUAUCAUACAGCGUGCGCACAGCUUUACAGCUUCCUCCGAUCGCAAGCCCACGGAAACGACGAUUCUAUAAACGUGGAGGAAUACCAAGGCCGUCGGUUUGCCACCACGCGGCGCAUUGCCGCUUUGUUUGACAUCCACCGUCAGCAAUGGGGCGUCGAACGUAUGCACCAGUCGACGAUACAAUGUGUGGCGGUCGGUUGUCUGUCGAUACUUGAAGGAUUGGAAUUUCCAGAGAAUAGCCACGCGUUCGUCACGUUGUGUACUGUUGCGCGGGACUUUGGUCGCCAUUUCGCCCUGGCUCGGGGAGUUUUGCAAGUGAUUCGGCUUGCCGCACAAAGGACGAGGGUGCUUCUCCCGCAGGACACUCAUGGUCUUUUCCGGGAAUUUGAAGAGACGCGUUGGGCAGGUGAGCAGCGCAUGCAAUCCAGCAGCCUGUUCCUGAGUGCGGUGUAUCGACUCGCACAAGGGGCUGGCGACGAGAAGGAUGAUGAACAGCACCAGCCAGACUGGGAUUAUUUAUGAUUUAGAUGAGUUACGCUUAUUACGAUUUUCGGGUUAGAUUUUCUCUUUGGUUGCACCUAAAUCUAGAUUAAUAAAUACCUUUUGUGGUCUAUCUGCAUAAUGAAGUCAACG